GUCUUGUAGAAAAUUCUCAGACCGAUGCCGGAACAAGAAAAAUAAAAGAUUAAUUUGAAUUAAUGUAAACAUUUUAAACAAUUAAAUAAGAAGACAAUAGUCGCAAUAAGAUUUUUCAAUUGAAUUAAAAUAAUCAGCAAUUUUUAUAAAGAAAGACAUUAACAAAUCAAAAUGGCUUGGCGAUUCAAAGCAUCAAAAUACAAAAAUUCGACUCCAAUUGUGCCGAAACCGGAGCUUUGUAUAAGAGACAUCGUUGUUGGAUCUUAUCAGACUUUCGGGAAUAACAUCGCAGCUUCGGCUAGUUUCAUGGCUUUUCCAUGGGAACACACUGGGUCGUCAAUUGCAGUUCUUCCGAUCGAUGAUUGCGGAAGGAAAUCAAAAACCAUGCCAUUGCUACAUGCUCAUACUGACACUGUCACUGACCUUGAAUUUUCUCCAUUUCAUGAUGGAUUACUUGCUACGGCAUCACAAGAUUGUCUCGUAAAGAUCUGGCAUAUACCUGAGAAUGGUUUGAAAGAAUCUUUGCUUGAUGCUGAAUGUUCGUUCUCGCAUAGACAGAAACGCGUUGAAACUGUCGGCUUUCAUCCAACAGCUGAUUGUUUGUUGCAUUCAACAUCAGCUGGAACUAUUGUUCUUUAUGAUCUGACAGCAGAAAAGGAAAUCUUCUGCAAUAAUGAACAUCCAGAUAUCAUUCAAAGCUUGAGUUGGAAGCAAGAUGGGACAUUGUUGGCUACCAACUCUAAGGAUAAAAAGGUCCGCGUUGUCGAUCCAAGAAGCAAUAUUCCCUUAGUUUCCGAGGCUAACAGUCACCAAAGCAUUAAAGAUUCCCGAAUUGUCUGGCUUGGCAUGCAAAAUCGUAUUUUAACCACUGGCUUCGAUUCUAAUCGAAUUCGACAAAUCAUGAUUCGUGACAUCAGAAAUUUCUCUGUGCCAGAAAAAACUUUGGAACUUGACUGUUCAACUGGCAUAUUUAUGCCAUUAUUUGAUUCAGAUACAAACAUGUUAUUCCUUGCUGGCAAAGGAGACACAACAAUCUCAUUUAUGGAAGUCACUGACAAAGAACCUUACCUUGUUGAAGGGAUACGUCAUUCUGGAGAACAAACCAAAGGAGCUUGUCUUUUACCCAAGCGGGCAUUGCGUGUCAUGGAAGGAGAAGUUAAUAGAGUACUUCAACUAACUUCAUCUUCAGUCAUUCCGAUUAUGUAUCAAGUUCCAAGGAAAACAUAUCGUGACUUCCAUAGUGACAUUUUUCCUGAUACAAAUGGCUUUAAAAGUGAACUUUUACCAAAGGAUUGGUUUGUAGGAAAGAAUGAAGCUUUACAUAAAAUAUCUUUGGAUCCAGCGAAACGUGAAGGUGGAGAGAAGCCAAUCAUUUUAAGUCAUUCAUUCCUGUCACAAAUAAGAUUCAACUUAUGGAAAAAGAUCAGCUUAAAAACACGACUUGGACCAAAACCUUUUUCAACCGAUUCAGCUGAAAUAUCAUUUGAUAAAGUGUUUGCUGUCCCAGUUGCACCAUCAACAGAUGUUGACGUUGUAGUUGUCGAGAAGACUACUGAAGUGGAAUUGCCAAGCUACAUUCAACAAGAAGACGAAUUACUGGAAAAAUUAGCUCAAAAGAAUGAAACUGAAAAGAAUGAAACUGAAAAAAACGAUGAAGAUCAAAAUGAACGAAAUGAACAAAACGAUGUCUUACAAAACGAAGACGAAACUGAUAAACAGAUCAGUAGCAUUGCUGAUCGUCGCAGACUUUACGAAAAUCGCUCAAGUAGUAUGGUUGAGGAGAAAACAAAAUCACAAGCCAGUAUUAAUGUUGGUCGACGUGAAUCUUGCAAAGAUGAAGAACAGUCGAAAGACCGUAAUGAGAUGAAAAGUGUCCACACAAAUGGAACUUCAACUAAAUCUAACAACAUUUCCAAAAGAACGUCAACAGUGUUUGGAAAAGUUUCAAAAUUCCGUCAUCUUAAAGGAACAACUGGUCAUAAAUCAACUCAUAUUGAAAACAUUAAAAAUGUCAGUCGUCAGAUAUCAGGAGAAUGUGAUGGAUUUCAUGCAAAUCAUGAACGUGUCGCUGUUCCAUUAUCAGGAAAUGGUGGAAAAAUUGCAGUUUUUGAACUAUCAACACCUGGUAGACUUCCAGAUGGUGUUAUUCCAACACUUGUCAAUGGAUCAAACAUCAUGGAUUUCCAAUGGGAUCCUUUUGAUAAUCGACAUCUUGUUGUUGCUUGCGACGAUGGAACAGUCAAAAUUUGGGAGAUUCCUGAAGGUGGAUUAAAGGAACCCACAAACACACCAUUUAAAGAAUUCAAUGCUCAUUCAGAGAAAAUUCAUUUUCUGAAAUUUCAUCCAUUAGCUAAAGACGUCUUAUUAACAGCAAGCUAUGAUAUGACUAUCAAAAUUUGGGACUUAAACACAUUCGAACAGAAGCAAUGUUUGAAAGGUCACACUGAUCAAAUCUUCAGUUUCGCUUGGAGUUUAUGUGGAACAUUUGGAGCGACAGUUUGUAAAGAUGGAAAGCUUCGAAUUUAUGAUAUUCGCAAGUCAGAAUAUCCAAUCAGAGAAGGAAUCGGUGGACCAAUAGGAACGAGAGGCGCAAGAAUUACUUUCGUGUUAGAAGACGAAUAUCUGGUUGUGACUGGAUUUGACAAAGUAAGCGAACGACAAAUUUACAUACUUAAAGUUGACAAUUUAGAUAAAGCUAUUGGAAUGGUUGGACUGGAUGUGUCUCCAGCAACUUUGGUGCCAUUUUAUGAUGAUGACAGUUCAACGAUCUUCUUGACUGGUCGUGGUGACACAACUAUUUACGCUUAUGAAGUCACUGACGAAGCUCCCUAUUUUUGUCCUCUCUCUCAUCAUCGAUGUUCAUCAUUACACCAAGGACUCAGUUUUCUACGCAAAAAUCAAUGCGACGUUCGCAAUGUUGAGUUCGCUAAAUGUUAUCGUCUCACUAAUAACUCAAUCGAACCGUUGAGCUUCACUGUUCCGAGGAUUAAGACUGAACUCUUCCAAGAUGAUCUUUUUCCACCAACUCGUGUAACUUGGCUUCAAACAAUCUCUGCUGAAGAAUGGUUUGCUGGAAAGAAUAAGACACCAUUAAAGAUAAGUUUACAGCCUGAAGGAAUGGAUGCAUUAACAUCAACAAUCUCACCACCACCAGCUUCAACUGGAAUAUCUUCAAAGCCAAAUAGCUUUGAUGCAAACUAUUCAUCGAUUCAACUCUCUCCUGAACACACGAAAGCAAAACAAGAAGCUCUUAAAAAGUCAGUAAGUGAACGUGUUCAAGUGAAUUAUGAAUUAGAACAAGACAACAUGGAAGGGGUUGAUUCAAAUGAAUGGGAUGAAUGACAAAGUUGAACUAAUUCUUGGCAGAGACAAAGCAUUGAGUGUUCAUUUUAAAAGACUUUCGAUGACUUGAGUGAUUUUAUAUUUUAUAUCAUAA